AAUAGUGAACACGCGCUUAGUAUAGCUCGAUCUGAUAAUGGGGCGGCCGCGGUGAAGGGGCGCAAGCUCCACGAGGCGGCGGCCUCGGACGCCGCGCCGCCCGCCGAAGAGGCUGAGGAGCUGCCGCCGCUGGAAGAGCCUGCCGGCGAGGACAAGGGGAAGGAUGAAGAGGCGGCGGAGGGCCUCCCGGUUGUGCCCAGGCCGGUGGAGGGCAGGCGGCGGCCCGGCGCCAUCUUCGUGCUCGAGAGGGCCUGCCUCGAGGUCGGCAAAGUCGGCAAGACUAUGCAAAUCUACUCAGAUGAUCACGCUAUAAGGAAGCAGAAUCGCAAUCCUGCUGACUAUAGGCCUGAUAUCAUUCAUCAGGCUCUACUGGCAAUAUUUGACAGCCCUUUAACAAAAGCUGGAAGGUUACAGGCUGUUUAUGUGAGGACUGAAAAGGGAAUAUUGUUUGAAAUCAAACCUCAUGUCCGCAUGCUACGGACAUUUAAACGCUUAUGAGGUUUAAUGUCACAAUUGUUGCAAAAGCUGAGCAUUACAGCAGUUGGGAAGCGCGAGAAGCUUCUUAAUGUUGUUAAAAAUCCUGUUACCCGCUAUCUUCCUGUUGGUGCAUGGAAAAUUGGCCUUUCAUUUAGCGCUGACAAGUCAGUCAACUUAUUUGACUAUGUUGCCAAAUCCAGUGAUGAUGAACCCCUUGUUUGUGGUUGGUGCCAUGGCCCAUGGAAAGAUCGACAAGGAAUACACUGAUGAUUACAUCCAAAUGCUGCCUGCUGUUUGAAUCGGAUAUGCAGCGCCCUGGAGCAGAAGUGGAACAUCGGAUGGAUGGAAAUUUUGAGACAGAACAUCUUUGUACUGGCUAGUAGCAUUGUGUUUUUCUCCAACCUACAUGUAUUGCCUUUUUUAUCCGUACCUCAAUCUCGAGCUGUAAACAUAUGAGCAUUGGGUCACAAGAAUUGCACAUCAAUUUUCCUAAAUCAAGUUUUAUCAGAAUUUUAGGAAAAUGCAUUUUA